AGGACACGUGGUGCGGAACCGGCGUGCGCUCGCGGAGGCACCUCCCGGGUGUGCAGGCUACUCAAGGAUGUCGGCCCUCACUCCUGUGUUUCAGUAUAUUGAUGAAAACCAGGAUCGCUACAUUAAGAAACUUGCAGAAUGGGUGGCCAUCCAGAGCGUGUCUGCGUGGCCCGAGAAGCGAGGGGAGAUCAAAAGGAUGAUGGAGACCGCAGCUGCAGACAUCCAGAGGCUGGGAGGCUCGGUGGAGCUGAUGGAUAUCGGGAAGCAAAAGCUCCCUGACGGCUCAGAGAUUCCACUCCCUCCCAUUUUGCUUGGCAAGCUGGGCAGCGACCCCCAGAAGAAAACGGUGUGCAUUUACGGUCACCUGGAUGUGCAGCCCGCGGCCCUGGAGGACGGCUGGGAUAGCGAGCCCUUCACGCUGGUGGAGCGAGACGGCAAGUUGUAUGGGAGAGGCUCGACCGACGAUAAGGGGCCUGUGGCUGGCUGGAUGAACGCCCUGGAGGCUUAUCAGAAGACUGGUCAGGAGGUUCCUGUCAACGUGCGCUUCUGCCUGGAAGGCAUGGAGGAAUCUGGCUCUGAAGGCCUGGAUGAGCUGAUUUUUGCCCAGAAAGACAAGUUCUUUAAAGACGUGGAUUACGUCUGCAUUUCCGACAACUACUGGCUGGGGAAGAAGAAGCCUUGCAUCACCUACGGCCUCCGGGGAAUCUGCUACUUCUUCAUUGAGGUGGAAUGCAGUGACAAAGACCUCCAUUCUGGGGUGUACGGCGGCUCGGUGCACGAGGCCAUGACGGAUCUCAUUUCUCUGAUGGGCUCCCUGAUAGACCAGAAAGGUAAAAUCCUCAUCCCCGGCAUCCACGCGGCCGUGGCCCCCGUGACCGAGGAGGAGGGCCGGCUCUACGAGCACAUCGACUUCGACAUGGCCGAGUUUGCCAAGGACAUAGGGGCCAGCACCCUCCUGCACGGCUGCAAGAAAGACAUCCUGAUGCACCGGUGGCGGUUCCCCUCGCUCUCCCUCCACGGCAUCGAAGGCGCCUUCUCGGGGGCCGGGGCGAAGAUGAUUCCUAGGAAAGUGAUCGGCAAGUUCUCCAUCAGGCUCGUGCCCAACAUGACCCCCGAAGUGGUCAGCGAGCAGGUGACAAGCUACCUGACUCAGAAGUUUGCCGAGCUCCACAGUCCCAAUAAGUUCAAGGUGUACAUGGGCCACGGCGGGAAGCCCUGGGUGGCCGACUUCAAUCACCCGCAUUACGUGGCUGGAAGGAAAGCCCUGAAAGCAGUUUUUGGUGUUGAGCCAGACUUGACCAGGGAAGGUGGCAGCAUCCCCGUGACCCUGACCUUUCAGGAAGCCACGGGCAAGAAUGUCAUGCUGUUGCCAGUGGGGUCAGCAGACGAUGGCGCCCACUCCCAGAAUGAGAAGCUCAACAGGCAUAACUAUGUAGAAGGAACCAAGAUGCUGGCCGCGUACCUGCACGAGGUGUCUCAGCUGAAGGACUGAGCAGUCAGCUUCCCGCCAGGGCUGUGCCUGACCGGAAGGAAUCCUGCCUCUCCCCUCUCCCCCUCUGGCUUCCUCUGGGAAGUGGAAGUUCCCCCCCUUCCUUGUCGGGUCGUGCACAGAGGCCUUCCCGUGGGUGGAGCUAGCUGUACCGGGUGCUGGGGCUUCUCAAGGCUGACCAGCCCUGGGGUAGGUUCUCAGUGGUGGCCCAUGUGACUUCAGUUUUUAAAAGAAGUCAGCGCCCCAAAACAGCCGCUCUCUUAGGGUGUGGUAGCCGUCACUGGAUGCGUGCGGGUGGGGUGGGGGUAGUUGUCUCUGCCUUCUGGGCUAGAGGGUGACAGUGGGAUAUUCAGAAAGGGAGAAAGCCGGGGCUCUCGUGCCGCCACCGCCCCAUUGUCACCCUGUGUUCCAUUCUGUCCUUUCUUAAGACCUUCACCGUCACUGCCGUCCCUCGGUUCCUACCGCUCAGGGCCUAACCCAGCGCUCCUAGUGGGAGGAAAGCCCCGCCCUGGUCUGUGCUGCUGAAUAAAAGUGGAAACUGAUCCCUGAA